AUGGACUACGCUCGUAAACUGUUCGACCGAGUUCCUCAACGAGACGCCUUCCUCUGGAACACUUUGAUCAGGGGAUAUGCUGAUAUGGGUCCUUGCGAAGAAGUUUUUGUUCUUUACAGAAACAUGCAUUUGUCCGGACUUUUACCCGAUAACUACACUUUCCCAUUUGUAGUCAGGUCCUGCGCCGUUCUCUCCGCUCUCAGAGAAGGGAAAGAGGUGCAUUGUAAUAUAAUUAAGAAUGGAUUUGAUUCGGAUGUUUUUGUUCAGAGCUCCUUGGUGUCGAUGUACUCUCAAAGUGGGGAGACUAAGGAUUCAGAAUCGAUUUUUGAUGAAAUGAUUGUGAGAAACAUAGUUUCUUGGACGGCUAUGAUCUCAGGUUAUGUUCAAAAUGGAUUCUAUAAAGAGGGAUUGAGUGUUUUCAGGAGGAUGGUGGCUUCAGGAACUCAACCCAAUGCGGUCACACUUGUCAGCAUCCUUCCUGCCUGUGGUGGUUUGGAAGUUCUCAAUUUGGGAAAACUGAUUCAUGGGUAUGGAGUUAAAUUGGGUGUGGAUUCUGAUACCCCGUUAGUAAAUUCUUUGAUUUCCUUAUAUGGUAAAUGUAGGAAUGUUGAUAUAGCUCGAUCUCUGUUUGAUCAGAUGGUGGCCCGGAACUUGGUCUCCUGGAAUGCCAUGAUUGGUGCAUAUGAACAGAAUGGUGCAUCUAGGGAUGCAAUUAAGCUCUUCCGCAGGAUGCGAAAUGAGAAGGUGGAAUUCGAUUACAUCACAACGGUUAGCUUAAUUUCCGCUUGUGCUAGUAUGGGGGCACUCAACACAGGAAAAUGGGCUCAUGAGCUUGUUACAAGCAAAGGACUCGAGAUCAAUGUUUCAAUCACCAAUGCACUUAUAGACAUGUAUGCUAAAUGUGGAAGCAUAGAAUCGGCUAGGGAUGUUUUUGAUAAGUUGCCUAAAAGAAGUGUGGUUUCUUGGACUGCUAUGAUUGGAGCUUAUGCAGCUCAUGGGUAUGGAGAAGAUGCACUCAAACUCUUCUCAAAGAUGCAAGAGGAGGGAAUACAACCGAAUAGCUUCACCUUUACUGCUGUCUUAACAGCUUGUAGGCAUUCAGGUCUUGUUGAAGAAGGGAGGAAGCAUUUCGAGAGCAUGACCAGAGACUACUUGAUUGCACCUGGUUUAGAGCAAUGUGCAUGUAUGGUAGACCUUCUUGGCCGAGCUGGUCGGUUAACUGAGGCUUACGAGUUCAUCAAGGGAAUCCCAGUCGAACCAGAUGCUGGUGUCUGGGGUGCUUUGCUUGGUGCUUGCAGAAUUCAUGGGAAUGUUGAGCUGGCUGAACUUGUGGCUGAACAUCUUAUCCAAUUAGACCCUCAAACUGUUACAUACUAUGUGCUUCUAUCAAAUAUCUAUGCAGAAGCUGGUAGGUGGGAAGAUGUAGCGAGGUUGAGAGAGCUGAUGAAGGAGAGAGAGUUGAAAAAAAUUCCAGGACGCAGCCUUGUAGAAAUAAACCGGAGGUUCCAUGCAUUUCCUUCAGGCCCAAAACCACACCAGUAA